GCGGCUCCGGGGCGGCGCGGUGGCGCACUGUGCGCGCCGAGCAGGCGGAGGGCUAGCGCCGGCGGCGGCGGCGGCAGCGAGGCCAGUGCAAGCAAGCAGCGGCUCGAUCUCAGCCCUAUAGUCCUGGCGGCCUUGGUGGCGGGGACCCUCCGCUCUCCUCUCGGUCCCUCGCUUCCCGCCUGGGGAAGGCGCGGCGGCCGUCCCGGAAGAGGCAGCUCAAAGACGGUCUAGCCGGACCCCUGAGACAGGGUAGCGUGUCUCGUGGAGUUGGUGGGCGCGAGGCAGAUCCCCAGGCGCGCAGGAGCCCGCCACUGUCGCGCCCGUUCCUAGCCUCAGCGAUGAGGGAGCUGCAGGGGCUGCGCGAACUUUGAAGGCAGCGAGUCCCAGGGUUUGAGGGCACCCAGCUUCCGGGGACCCCGGCGUCCCGGCCCGGACGCCAGCAGCGGAAGCGUCCUCAAACCCGCCGGGCACGACGAGGCCGAGAGGAAGUUCUUCGCAACUUCGCCCGAGACAUCGGAGAGCCUGCCGCGGAGGGCGAGGGGCCAGUCCGAGCCCAGAGACUCAGAAAGCGGAGAGAGGACCGAUCUGGCGAAGACCGAGGGGUCGAAGAGGAACCCUCGAGGCAGCGAGGCCGCGGGACCAGCCUGGCAGCGCGUCGGCCUCGCUGCCACCCAGGAACGGCCGAGGCCCGUGCGUUCCUGCGGCCUCCCCCGAGCCGCGGCGAUCCGGGCCGGGGGCUCCUAGCCCUCCCGGAGGUGGGCCCCUACGCUAUGCCCCCGAAGCCGCGCGCGCCUGGGCCGCAGCCACCCCGGGCCGGGCCGGGCCCCGCCGUCUGAGAGCCAGCCGGGGAGGGAGGCGAGGCAGAGUUGGGCGCCAGCUCCCAGGCGGACUGCGCUAGCGCGGGUUCCCGCCUGGGCGCGCAGCUCUCGGCGACCUCCGGCAGUGUUUUCGGAGUCCAGCUCGCACAGUGCCCGGCCUGGUGGUGCGGCUCCUUCGCCGCCCUGGGCAGCCCCUUGGCGCCGGGAGGCGGCGGCGUGGGCCGGCCUACAGUCUGGAGCGCCCCGAUGGAAAUACACUGUAAGCACGACCCGUUUGCAUCCAUGCAUAGACAUGGAGGAGUGAAUCAGCUUGGGGGGGUUUUUGUGAAUGGACGGCCACUCCCGGAUGUAGUCCGCCAAAGGAUAGUGGAACUUGCUCAUCAAGGUGUCAGGCCCUGCGACAUCUCCAGGCAGCUUCGGGUCAGCCAUGGUUGUGUCAGCAAGAUUCUUGGCAGGUAUUACGAGACAGGAAGCAUUAAGCCUGGGGUAAUCGGAGGAUCCAAACCAAAGGUUGCCACGCCCAAAGUGGUGGAGAAGAUCGCUGAGUAUAAACGCCAAAACCCCACCAUGUUCGCCUGGGAGAUCAGGGACCGGCUGCUGGCGGAGCGAGUGUGUGACAAUGACACCGUGCCCAGCGUCAGUUCCAUCAACAGGAUCAUCCGGACAAAAGUACAGCAGCCACCCAAUCAGCCGGUCCCAGCUUCCAGUCACAGCAUAGUGUCCACAGGCUCCGUGACGCAGGUGUCGACGGUGAGCACGGACGCGGCUGGCUCGUCCUACUCCAUCAGCGGCAUCCUGGGUAUCACGUCGCCCAGCGCCGACACCAACAAGCGCAAGAGAGACGAAGGUAUUCAGGAGUCUCCAGUGCCAAACGGUCACUCGCUCCCGGGCAGAGACUUCCUGCGGAAGCAGAUGCGGGGCGACCUGUUCACGCAGCAGCAGCUGGAGGUGCUGGACCGUGUGUUCGAGAGGCAGCACUACUCCGACAUCUUCACCACCACGGAGCCCAUCAAGCCCGAGCAGACCACUGAGUACUCAGCCAUGGCCUCGCUGGCUGGAGGUCUGGACGACAUGAAGGCCAACCUGACCAGCCCCACCCCUGCUGACCUCGGGAGCAGCGUGCCUGGCCCACAGUCCUACCCCAUCGUGACAGGCCGUGACUUGGCGAGCACGACCCUCCCCGGGUACCCUCCGCACGUCCCCCCCGCCGGACAGGGCAGCUACUCAGCGCCGACGCUGACAGGGAUGGUGCCUGGGAGUGAGUUUUCCGGGAGUCCCUACAGCCACCCUCAGUAUUCCUCGUACAAUGACUCCUGGAGGUUCCCCAAUCCAGGGCUGCUCGGCUCCCCGUACUAUUACAGCGCCGCUGCCCGAGGAGCCGCCCCACCCGCAGCCGCCACCGCCUACGACCGUCACUGACCCGUGGAGCCCGGCGGGCGCCGAGCACUUCCGUCACAUAUCAUUGAGGGCCAGAGCCUCCCAGCCCCCACCCAAGACAACCAGAGGGGCCCAACAAGACCGUCCCCCCAUAGCAACCUCCUCGCCAUGACUCCCUCCCGCCCCUGCCCCUGCCAGGGACUCCCAGGUUCCCUGGCAGGGACAGUGGGACUCUGGGACACUUGUCUGUUUCCGUGAGCUUCUCCCAGUGGUGACUGGGUCUCUGCAAACCAACAGACUAUUCUAGGGACAGCUGCAGCCCAGCCCCCUCCCCUGCCGUCGACCGUCUGUCCGUCCGUCCCACGGCCUAGGCAGACAGUAGAGCUUGCUGUUGCCGCCUCGCCGGCCCCCAGGUACACACCUUCCUGCUCUGCUGUGGCCCCACCCAUUACACGUCCUGUGCUGCGGACGCCUCUGCCUUGGCUGCCCCGGUCAGAGACUGCCUUGGCCCAGCUCAGGGCCCAGCCUCCUGCUCACCUCUCCUUCCCUACGCCCUGAUUUGGAGUCUCCUGGGGCUGGUUGUACUGCAGGCCUCCCCUGAGAGUCAUCUCCCAGGGGUGAUGCCCUGGCUUCUGCCUCCUUCCCCCGGGGCCAGGGCAGUGCAAGCCACUGCUUUCCAGAUCAGAGGACUCGAAGAGCCUGUCUGGGAGAGUCCUCCACUGCUGACCUAGAGCCAGGUGGCAUCGAGUGCUGGUGGCAGGGGGACUUGGAAUGUCAGGGCUGGACGGGACACGGGAGAUCACUGCUCUGGGCUGUGGCACCUGGGGGUGGAGGUGACGGAGGCGCUCCUGACGCCCGGAGAGCCCUGAACCAAACUGAGGUGCGCCCAGGUUCAGAUCACUUCGGAUACCACCGUGGACACAUCACCCACCCUCCAGGACCCCAGCGAGUGGCUUCCGGCCCAGCAGCACAGACCGUGGUCAACAAGGAGGACUUUUCCUGUGCCGAGGGCCACAAGAACCUACUACCACCAGCCAGAACUUCUGAGCUUGGCCUGUGGCUGGGUGCAGAGGUGCUGCAGUGGGAGCCAAUGCCUUGUUUCGCACAGUGUGUGCCCAACCGUUGAUCCAAGGAGCGGUGACGCGCAGGGUCACGGCUGAGCGUGGGGUGGGGUGGCCAGAGGAAGCCAUCUGGGGAAACGGGGAGGGAGGAAGCCCUCCCUGGGGGGAAGGGCAGGGCGAGCAGGGAGGAAUGGGUGUGAGACGGGGAGCAGAGGUACUCGGCGCCACCAUGUCUUCUCUGGGGGACUCCACUCCUUGCCAUCUCUCUUGCCAACUUGGAACAGCCCACAGCAGCGUCCUGGCAAAGCUGGGCCAGAGCGCAGCAGCAGCAGCAGCAGGCUGGCUCUUCCCCUGUGGCAGUGCCCCCAGUGUCUGCCUGUCACUAGGUGGACAGAGAGGUGCGGCGGAGACGGCACAGCCUGGGAGGCCUGGCCUCACCUCUGCUUCGCCGUGGGGCCUCAGAGCCCCCUUCACCUCUCUGAGCCUCGGCCGCCUAGGGAUAGCAGUCACCUGACCACUGCCUCCGUCUCAUCUUUCCUCCCAGAGAGCUGAAGCUGUGACCCGGCUCCUGGGCGACUGUGGGGUCGGGGUGGGGCCGCGUCCUCUAGUACCUGGACCAAGUGGGAAGUGACAUUCAGAGGCAUGGGGAGAACCAGAAGGGUCUUGGCAACGACCUAGUCUGGCUCCCCUCGGGGGGAAACUGAGGUUCAGCCAGAGGAAGCCUGGGCCGUGCAGGGGACCAAGCACGUCUCCUCUGGCCAGCACCAUGUGUUUUGUCCAUCAGCACCCUCACAGGGUGGUGGGGCACAGGCUGAACAAGAUGGGGUUCCCAAGCAGAGACUGGCGGGGUGGGCUGGGACUCGGGGCCCCUGCCCUUGGCGCAGGCUGAGCUCCUCAUCACCCCAACCCUGGGAGAGAAGUUCACCCUAAGAGCCGCAGGAGGUGACCGCCAGCAGCUGUGGGGCCCUCGAGCUCACAGAAGGCACACCUACCCCUGGAACCUGCUAGGCAAGGAGAGGAGGUAGCUGAGACCAUGCCCACCUGCAGGAGCCAGGAGGCCUGGGUGAGGUGGGAGAAGAUCGCUCCCUGGCUCCUCCCUUUGGCAGGAAGUGGCGGGCUUGGGGUCUUCAGUAAGAGCCUUUUGGGCCUCUGCCUCUCCGCUGGGCCCCUGUGUGAGGUGCACCCACAUCUUUGGAUCUGGGGUCCUCCUGUUGAUUUCAGGCUGGUGGGAAGUCAGCCCCCCCCCCCCCCCCCCCCCCGGCAGCAGCCUAUGCCGCACGCCCGCCCUCCUUGCAAAGCCCACCUGGCCCCACCGCGGCCUCCUCUCCCUCUCCUGUUUCCUCCUGGCCUCCCUCACCCGAGGCCUUGCCGGUCCUCAGAUGGAAUUGGUGAUUAGCAGACGAGCACUCGGCGCCCGGGCUGCCAGGCAGAAGCACAAGCGCACAGGAUGCACACGGACCUUCUCUCUCCCACACACCUGCUCGCACCAGCGGGGGCUUGGGAAGGAGGGCUCCACAGGACGCCAGCCGCCGAGUAGAUGCCAGAGAAUUCAGGAUGGGACACAGCAGCCCGGGGCUUCACCAGCAUCGCCGCAGGAGGCCUGGGGCGUUCAUUGCCCCCCGGGCCUUCAGCCCGUGUUCCAGCUCUGACUUUUGGAAAAAGGACAUUGUGGAUUUUGUGAAAAUUUUUCAUACCAUUUGUCUAGCUCCAUCUAGGAAAAUCUGGUGACAUAUCAAACCCAACGCCCUGUUCCCAAGUGCCCUAGUUAGGAGCAGCGCUUUCAUAACUGACAUCGGACGGUGCUUUGCGACCCCCAGCCACUCGAUGGGGCAAAGGUCACAUCCACUUUCUGGAUGGGGAAGCCAAGCUUUGGGGCUCACAUGGGAAGACAGAGGAGAAGUGAGUUUGCAGAUAUCCGGGCCCCCUUCUCUCGCCAGAGUUUGGGGGGUGUAUGGCUUAAAGAUGCUUACCCGCCAGGCCCGCAGUGAGGAAAGACCAGGAGCUGGAAGCAGGGCCAGGGUUGGUGGCUUUGCGGCCCCAGUGUGAGUCCCAGUAACGCUGACAGCGGCCGCGUCUUUGCGCAGGUUCACAGCGACUCUUCCGAGGCUUCGUCCAGACUUCUCUGUUACACGCUGAGGCUCAGCGGGGAUUGGCGCCUGUCCAGGGCCACACCACGACCUGCAGCAGGGCGUGGACGUGGGCUUCCUCGGACUUCCAAGGACCAGGCUCAAGAGCUCACUCUCUUUUUUUCACUUUGCCCACUUAGGAAGAGACCCGGCCUGGCUGUGACCAAAGGCAGGAGUGGCCACGCCAGGGCCAUUGGGUGCCAGGAGGCCUGGCAAACACAGUCUGAAGAGUCCUGCAUCAACUGCUUCCCAGGCCAGUUGGGUGGCAGAACCUCACACCACCAGACAGGGCGCACGCCACAUGGUGUGGUGGAGCUGAGACACCCAGGAGGGCGCUUGCUGCACUGCAUAGCAUUCAAAUGUGGAAAUGUUUAAAGCACUGGUAGCCAGAGCUGACCCAUUGCCUGCCAGCUUGUCACCUCCAGUCUCUGUCCAAUGCCCGUUGCUGCUUCACACCCCGUUAUUCUGCAUUGCAGGUCAGGAGGAGGUGGAGGUGCAGAUGGGCUUCAGGGUAUGGCACAACCAGGCCAACCCUGGGCUCUGCCACCUCCCCAGGCCUCAGCCAGGCUCUUGCAUACGGUGAGAACUCUGAAGGCGGGGGCCGGUGGUGGGAACCCAGCAACUGCUGGGGGCCUUUCCUGGAUAGGGGACGAGCCUUGGAUGAGGCUACAGGACACAAGGGAGAAAGCCCUCUAUGAGAAGCAGACCCCAGAUCGCCUGCACUGCCUUUAGCAGCCACCCCCGGCCUCCAGAUGGCAUUUCAGCUGUAACAGCUCUAAGCCCUGGGGAGCAAAUCUUCAAAACAAACCAAGCACUCCCAACAGACAGCUGGCAGCAAGCUGUGUUUGAGACGCUGCUUCCCAAGAGGGUAGAGAAAGCACCGAGCCCCUGGAUAGUCCAGGUCCAGGUUAGACAAGGUGGAUCCGUGGGAGCCUGCACUCACUGAGACCAGCUCCACAGCCUUGGCCUCGUCACCCAUCUGGAGCCCACCUCUGACAGACUGCAGGCAUGCACAGCCGCACUCCUGGUUAAAUUUACUCCUUUAGCUCUUUGUGACCUCGGAGAGGUUUCAGGCUAGGUAACAAGGUAGUCACUGGGAAAGUUGGACAGGCCGCGACUCCUGGCAGCCACUGCAGCCCAUUGUCCCCAAGCCCAGGAUUCCCUCUUGCAUAUUAAUGAGGGAGCCACAGUGCUGAUGGGCACUUCCCACUGUCAGCCAGGUCCCCAAGGGCCGCGGCAGCAGAGAACUGCUGGUGAGUGCUGCCUGGCUGGGGAGCGGGUACCAGGUCUUGCAUUCAUUGUCUGCUGACUUCUCAGCGCCCAAGCCCAGUUCCUGGAAAGAAGUGGACCUCAGAACCAACCACAUCACUGCCAUUCAGGAUUUCAGCCCAGAGGGGCCUGUGUAGCUGAUGUCCCAGUCACAGUGAGCUGGACCGUGUCUGUAAUUAGUCAACACGGUCUUCCUCCUUCCCCAAGCAGCCCCAGGAGAAAACUCAGCUGCACAUCUGCUUAGUGGGCGCAUCACAGUGAAUUCUGAAAGAGACUUGGCCUCAGGAAGUGCCUUUGGCAGGUGACAGGAGACACAGGGGGCAGGAACCCGCCCUCCAGCUUUGGACAGCUCUGGGCCUGAUUUGGGGGGGGGGCGGGGGCAGGGGCUCGGCAGUUCUGUGCCCCCUCUCUGACUCUGGGGUCCAUGGGAGAGGCCACUCUGCAGCCUCACUUGCUGUAACCCUGAUCCACCUGUCACUGGUGGUGGUGGCCGCUGGGUGCCCCUGCCCAGUCCCCCAAAUUGCCAUGCUCCUGGUCACGUCCCUCGUUUUCUCCAAAAGCACCAUUAAGAACGGAUGAUUUGGGUGAUGGGCUUUUGAUUUACAAACGGUGCAUUUCCCUUGGAGUGGAACAGAAAGGAAACCGCUUGAUGGCUCCCUUAUUUUCAAGCAUGAAUACAUUUUAAUGAAACUAUUUUAUUGUAUUUGAGGAAACAGAGAGUUGAGCAUUCCAACCAAUCAAUAGCCAAUUAAUUGCUAUAAAGCUAAAAAGAAAAUAAAUCCUGAGUCUCUGUUAAACACCCUGCAAAGCUCGGAGCCUCAGACUCUGCCUUCCCUCCCCCUGCCGUGUGCACAGGAGCCCGCGUGGGUGCGCGUACCCACACCUGAGAUGUACUUGAAGCUCAGAAAAAGCACGGGGCCCCUGCCAGUUUCUGCCUGCUCUCCUUGCCUCUGGUCACAGAGGGGGAGCAGACCUGGUAGCGGCCCGCCACGGGGCUCAGGAAGGGGCAGACUGGGCCCGGCCCCAGCCGCCAGCACAGUGGCUAGUAGCAGGCAGUGAGGGCCUGGCCUUGCCAGGGCCCCUUAGUCGCAGCAGCGGGGCCUCCACGCGUGGGCUGAGGGUGGCAUUCUGACUGCAUUCACCCUGACUCCUGCUGGAAGACGCUACCCUGGUUUUUCACCCUCGAGUGGCCUUUGGACGUUGAGUAGAAGAGCAGAUUGCAUUGCCAGUGGAGCUCCUUACCAGGAAAACAUGGAUUUUGCUUCUCAUCCUUUGAGGCAAUUGACAUUGUCUUAGGGACUGAAUUUCCAGCAUCAAAGAAAUACAUAUCUACUGUAUCCGCCAAAGUUUGUGAUGCCUGCAUAGACGCUUACUUGUUAAAAAAAAAAAAAAAUACAAAACCCAACAAAAAAACCCACAAUUGAAUUGCCUUUGAAAGUGGGAGAUAAUCGGUCUCCAACAGAUUGAAAAAAAAUGCUUCUUAAAAAUGUGUAUGUUUUGUAUUCUUUUUUUCUAGUAGAAAAUAACUGACUUGAAAUAUUGGUGGUUUUUUUUUUCUUAGUGCCGUGUGUUGCUUUUGUGUGUGAUACUAUUUGAAUGUAAUUACAGCAGUGCCAAUUUGCCAAAGAUGUUGGACAUAUUUUUCUUUGGUUGGGAGGUGGGCAGGGGGCUGGGGGUGGGACUUGGGGAGAAGAACAAGGGGGGGAUUUGGUUUAAUUUUUAAAAAAAAUUUUUCUCGUCAAACCUGGAGUUUGUGGUUUUGUUUUAAGUUAAAUGAUUGACUGCAACACCUUUAUUUUAGAUUAGUCGGAGAAACAUGCAAUAAGAUUGGCGUAGUUUCAAUAUCUGUGUGUCUUUUCAUGAGUGACUGUUACUUGUGAAGAAUUGGUUUUAUGUAAACUUUAUGUGAGAUAAUUAUUUGUAAAUAUUUGCCAUAAUUUUAUUGGUUCCUAAAAUAAAAGUAAUUUUUUAAGUUC